UAUUUCUCCUUUGGAAACACUCAGCGCUCUUCAGAGAUUGCAGAUAGGCAAGGUAUUUUUAAGAGUGUUAAGUGCUAUUUAUUUGUUUAUUUUUGUUCCUCUCCUUACCAAGCUCUUGUUGAUCUGUUAAUACAGUCUUGGCAUUGUGUGGCUUCUGGGAAUAUUCUGUGGUGCUUUGUGACCCACAGCAAACAUGGUGCUGAAGAGUUGCGGGGUAAGAGGAUACUGCAGGAUCCCAAAUCUACUCCUAGAUUGUAUUAAGAUGUGAAAAUCCUUCUUAAACAUUAACAACAGAAGAUGCAGCUGGGAAAUUUUCCUCUUAAAGGUGAGCCAAACUAUUGCAUAGAAGUAAAUUCUGUGUGUAUCUUACCAUUGAAAUAACAGAUACCAGUGGCUUAGGAGAGAUUUCAUACCUAUUCCAUAAGCAAUUUUUUUGAUCUCUGGUCUUGGUAUUUUUCUCUUUUCACAUUCUGCAAAUCAGGCAGAUCACUGAGAUCACUGAGCAGCAUGUGCAAGGCCAUAUUCAGCAAAGGUGCAUUCAGCAAAGGAUUGCAUUUGUUUCUGGACAGUGAUGACAACUAGGAAGAGUUUCCUGCAGCUUUCAGUAGGCUCUUGGGGUAGCUGUCAGAUUCCCUACAGCUAACUUGAGAAAUGACAAGUGAGCUCUGUUCACCUUGCACUUUUGUAGGGAAUUCCUUGCUUCUAACAAGUCUUAUGUGCCUUUGCUGCAAUUCCUUCCUUAAACUAAUGUUGCCCCUACUCUGAAUGGAGGAAAUGCUGGUUAUGAACAUAAGUAUAUCUGGGUCUUGUCCUGUCUUAUAAGUCACUGUAAGCAUGCAGGAAAUAACUUGAUGUGCUGUAAGCAUCAAGCUUUGUAGUACAGGCUGCUUUCAUCUUGCUUUACUUCAGCUUGAGGGUGUGCUUGGGUUAAGCCAGUUCUCUAGUCACCAAAGAGAGGGGGUCAUCUCUAGAGGCUGACUUGUCUCUCCUUGCUUUGGAUAGUUUGGCAUGGACAGCCCCUGGGAGAAGCUGUUCCUUCUCUGAUUGUGCAGGUGGGUUGGGUACCUAGAUUUUAUGCUACUAGAAGAACACAGAGGCAGGGACCUUUCUACAGAAGAGGUUCAGUUUGGCUGUUGGAACAGUCACCUCCUGGCAGUGUGCACAGCCCCAGGCUGCUGUAAUUCAAGGAGCAUCUCAGUCAUACAGUCUGAUUUUUGGGUGGUCCUGUGCGGAGCUAGGAAUUGGACUCAGUGUUCCUUAUGUGUUCCUUUCAACUCAUGGUAUUCCAUGAUUCUGUUCUACGGUAACCUUCUUUGGUCAUUUCAUCUUGCUUCUUCUUUUUCAAGCUCCUACAGACGGAAAUAUGUAUGGGGGGAUUUCUUUGAAAACCGUCUUCUCCUGGCACUGCUACCUCUUCUGCUUCUCCCAAAGGCGGCUUUAGUUCCUUGCUGGGGCCACAGAUCCCUGCAGUAGCAAUUAAUUGCAAUAUGUGGUGCCAGCAUGCUGGCAUGAAAAGUGUACUACCACAGACUAUGCAGGGACUGCAUUCCAGUUACAGGCUGUUCAGAGUCCGCAGCGGAAGCAGCACUGCCAGCUGAAGCAAUUUGACUGGGAACGUCACAAUUCCCAUGUGUUUCUCAAGGUCUGUGAGUGCUGGGGCUAAGAAACAGCAUGGCUUCCAGGGGAAAUUUCUAGCUUUCCUGGUUGCAGAGAAACACUUGUAAAUCACGAGAGAUUUCAUGGUUCAGGAAACUGGAAGAAGGAGCUGAGGGUUUAUUAAAAAGAAAAAUAUUUUCAAUCCAUGUGUCCCCUCCAAAAAAAAAAAGAAAAAAAAACCCAAAACCCUUGGGAAAAGUGAUUCUAAUCCAGAAAAGACAUAAGAAGAAGUUAGUUAGCUUUGUGCUGGGUUCAGUGCCUUUUUCAGCAAAUAUCAAGAAUUCAGUCAGAAACCAGGAAAUAAGAGGAAAAUAUCCAGAUUUUAUUGAAUAUGGUGCAUUCAGACUGAGACAUAACGGGGCUACUCCUGAUGUUUUCUUUGGAGGAAGUUAAAGCUCCUUACACAUCAAAUGGAAGCAGAAAUCCUGGUUCUCUGAAGUGAAGCUGCAAGUCUCCUUGAUUUCAUGUGUUGUGGGUGGCCACUUGAGAUUUUCUUUUUUGGCUGCUUCAUGUGCUUUGCCACACUCUAAUAGUUUGUGCAAGGGCAGGAAUUCUUCAACAAAACAGGCAGCACUGAUUCAUCAUGGAAAUUUAUCUGCUAGGACAAAACAUCUUUUUGGAUAGCACGUCAGAUCAGGGUGGAAUUUGAGAGCUGCUUUGCCCAGUCUCCAACAAUUAGGCAUCUGCGUGGCUUAGAUGAGAUCCAGACCCAAGUUCCUGCCCAUCCAGCCUCUCUAAAGCAAAGCUGCUGAGUUUGCUUCCCUUCAAUCUCCCCUUGGUGCUGUUUGACUUUGUGUAAAUAAGAAUUCACUGCCUACAGUGCAGAGGGCAUCUGUCUGCUCUGAAUCAGAGCUGAAUUCUAGUGCCUGCUCCCUGCACACUGGCCACAAAGCUGCCGGCUGUUCUGCUUUCCCUCUUGUGCUUUCGAAGAAUGCUGAUAGGACUCUGCUUCAUAUCCCAGCAAGAAGGACAACAGACUUUGCAAUGCUGACAUUUUACCACUCUAAGGAAGCCUUGUUUUCUUACCAGUGUGGCCGAGAGGUUUGCUCAAAAAGAGGCAUUGGUAAGUGCCAUUGCUUCUCUGCCAGCUCUGCUUCAGCCUUGUGCUGCUCUCAUAUUCUCUUUUUUGGGAUAUAAAUGCCUGGGUGUUAUUAGAUCCCAGCUGAACUGCACAACCCCCACUGGGCACCCCUUGUUCCCCUGUUAUCUUUCCAAAAGAGCUAGGAGAAAUGUUCAGCCAAGCACUAAUUGAGCCUGAGCUAUGGCAGUGGGUGUUAUGUGCUGGUGAACAAGGAUCAACGAGCUGUGGCCUGGCUGAAUGUGAGCCCCAGCCCUUGUUUCAUCCCUCACCCUCUUAAGAGCUAUGGACUGUGGCACCUUAAUUCAUUUUUUUUUCCUCCCUUCAGACAGAUGCUUUCAAGAUUUUGGAACAUGUUUCAUUAAUUUAAAUGGCAUGUAUUCUUCUUUCCUUCCGAUGGGAUGUGAUGGUCACAGCAGCUUGUCUUUGGGCUUCACAUCUUGAAGACCUGGUAGCAAUCUUUUGAUAUCUAAAGGGGGGGUGUAAGAAAGAAAGGGGACAGACUCUUAAGCAGCCUGUUGUGAGGGGAAACAAGGGGAAACGGAUGUAAGGAAGAAACUUUUUACAGUAAGGGUGGUGAAGCACUGACACAGGUUGCCCAGAGAGGUGAUGGAUGUCCCAUCCCUGGAGACACCCAAGUUCAGGCUGGAUCAGGCUCUGAGCACCUGAUCAAGAUGUAGGUGUCCCUGGUCAUUGCAGGGAGCUGAAUUAGAUGACCUUUAAGGAUCCCUUCUGACACGAUUCUAUGAAGAAAUGGAUUCUCAUUGGGAUUGAAGUUGGAAACAGCCCAUGCUGGCCAUCCUACAGGAUGGUGUUCUGCGGCGUCUCAGAGCUCCGUCUGGAUGAGCUUUCAAUUACCUACAUGAUGGGAUUCCUCUUCCAUCCCUUGGCAAGUUGUUCUGUGCUCUAAAAUAAGUUUCACAAGCAGAGCCGUUCCACACAGCGUGAAGCCUUCCUGUUGUGAGGAUCCAUUAUGUGUGCAGCAUAAUGAAGUGCGAUGGAUGUGGGGAGCAGCAGCAGCAGCCUUUCUUUCUGAUGGCCAGCUUCUGCAGAGAAACAGAAGUGCCCUGAACUCUGUCUUUGGGACCCAAGGGACUUAACAUCUUAGUUAUGAUACAGGCCUGCUUAACAUUCAGCAGCCUGCACAGGCUGCAGGCAUUCAUCCUGGCGAAGUGGCAAAGUAGCUUAAGAAGUUCUUAGGAUAUCUCAUUCAGGCCUUCAGGGUGGAAGGGAAAUCCUGUUAAUAUGCCCCUUUGGUGUUUUUUUUUUUUAGUGUUUUCCUUUCUCUUUUAUUUCCCCUGUCAGCUCUGCAAAGGCAUCUUUGAACUUACAUGUGCAGCCAGAUUUAUUUUCUCAGCAUGAUCCGGACACAUUUUGGCUGCACAUUGCAGUAUGCCUCAGUGGUUAGAAAUCAGCAGCAGACAGAAUGUAGCACUGGGAAGCCAUGUUGGUUUGAUGUCUCUUGCACUAGAUGUUUUCUUUCUUCUUUUGUGACAGAAGAAAUAGCCCUUUCUAUUAAGAAAAGAGAUGCUUCACCACCAGGUCCAGGCCAAUGCAAAGCCAUUAUGGAGAAAUCAGACAGCAAGCCUGGAUAUGAGGGAGCACAGGGGCUAGGUGCCUUUCAUCUAUUUCCUCUCUCCCUAUUUAUAGAACAUGGGUGAAGCAACUGGGAUCUGUGUCCUUGUUUUGUAGUGUCUCUGCCUGGCUGAUAAUACAGAGUUUGCACAGCUGAACCAAAGUCAGGUUUUGAUUCUGAUCGGAGUUUGCAACACUGUUGAGAAAGGAGUGGGCUUGCCGCUCCCUGAAGUCUGAAAGCACUUUUAAUUGCAUGCUGUCUUUGCUAUAGCAACUAAAAAUAUGUUUAUUGACAGUGUUGCUUUUGUUAUAUUCUUGGAGAGCAUUCCCUGAUGGUCCCAUCCAGUGUUAACUCUUGGGACACAUGCUACUAGCAAGGCUUGCUGCGUGAUUGCUGUCUCUGAGGGAAUAAUGUUUGUACAGUCAUUAAUGAGGGACAAUUACAGGUAAGAUGUGAGCUGACUACAUGGGGUUUGAACCCUUUGGGUGGGUGCUUAGGAGAUGAGCUAACUGCUGUUGGGACUGAAACUUUACAAUGCUUUUUUUAGUUUUAAAAAGAAAGUGCUGGCUUUGAAGUCAGCUUGACAUUGUUGCUUUCAGCAUGGAUCUUCUGGUCUUCUGCACCUUAAAAUCAGAGCAAAAAGGGGCUGGCUUCCUCUUUAUCUUUCUCUCCUAAAUAAAAACACACUGCUACUUUCUGAGCCAGCAAAGUUCAGGGUUUUUUUUUUUCUUUUCUCAAAAUAGCCAAUGAUCCGGCAGGGAUUUUGUUUGGAUCAUGCUAUGGGAAUUCCAUGAUCUAGGGCUCGAGGUGAUUUUGUUCUGUGUCUGCUUUAGGACAGUGUUUUACUUCUGCUGGAUUUUGGUUUGCAGGGACAUGAUUCAUGAGUGAAUUUGGCCCCUUUCCCAGUGCAAACUCAGCAUCUUAUAAAUAAAUAAAUAAAUAACCUGCAAGUAUCGAGAAGCCUGGCCAUAAAUAUUUCAGCAGAAAGCAAUAUCCACCCCCACCUACCUUCAUCUGGCUCUGCCACAGGUGCUUGGUUCAGCGAUUGCAAGUCACAAUGCUGUGUUUCCAUCAUGAUCCAUUUCAAAGGUCUGCAGUAGACGUGGGCCCAUGUAUGUGCCACCUCUCAGUGCGUGUUUGGGAAGACGUGGUGUUCCAGUAUGGCUUUCCAGUAUCCCUAGAUGCACUGUCAGCACUGACUGUCAGAUUCAUCACCAGAAGGUUCAUUGGAGACUAUGACCCAACACUAGAAAUGAUUUACAGACACGUGGCUGUCAUUGACGGGGAGAUGGUGCACUUUGAGAUCCUUGAUACAGCAGGACAGGAGGAAGAUUCCCUGCAGAUAGAGGAGAAGAUCAAGUGGGGCGAUGGCUUUGCAGUGGUCUACUCGGUGACAGACAGGUGCAGCUUUGACGAGGUGAUGCGGUUGUGUUUCCUCAUCAACCACAUCCACUCCAGCCCUAAGCGGAGCAGCGGGAGCGAGCAGCCGCCUGUGGUCAUCGUGGCCAACAAGAAGGACUUGCAGUUUGACAGAAUGGUGUCCACGCAAGAGGGUGAAAAUCUUUCCAAAGCUUUGAAGCUUCCUUUCUAUGAGAUUUCUACUCGGGACAGCUAUGAGGAGACUGUGGCAGUGUUCAAUACUCUCUAUCAAGAGCUCAUGAGGCAGGGGCAUUUUUCCCCAGGCUCCUUCAAGAGGAGGACAGUGUCGAAAGUGAUGGAGAAGAUCCCCAAGAUGCAAGCCAGCUCCACCUUGAACUCAGCAGGCCGGAGUCUCAGCUUUAACUCUUUUAGGGACUACAUCCCUGAGUGAGCAUCCCUGGUGCAGAGGAACAGGACUGAAGGAUGGGUCCUCCUGCUGCUGAGGCACCUGUUGUGUAGUGAGGAGCUGCUUUACUUGGGGUUGAAGAGCAGUAUGUAGAGCAGGAGGGGAAUGUUAAGAGGUGGCAUUAGUGUUCAGCAACCUCUGAAAGCCUGGUCACUACAAACAGGCUUUGGGUCUGCAGGAAGGAUGCUCUUCCUCUUUCCCACCCAUCCUCCUCCUGCUUGAUGUCAGCAACAAAGGUUGUUCCUAUUGACUUCAGAUGUGUUGUGUCAAUGCUUGUGGGUCCCAAUUGGCUGCACUGGGGAUCAGAUCCAGCACCCACACCUCCCUAUGGGAUUUCUGCUUCCCACAGAGAGCUCGCUGGGUCUGUCCCUGUCCCUUCUUUAUGUUCCUGGGCUGGCAGGGAGGGCAUGUUUUAAAGCAGAGAUCUGUUUACAGUAAGGAUAAAAAGUCUGCUAAUCCCUGGUUUUUCUUAAAAGCUAUUUUUUUUAACAUCUGAAGCUCCUUGGCAUUCUCUCCUGUAACAUCACUGUAAAUAAAAGCCUGGGCAGGGGGCUGUUUGCUGAGGCUGCCCUUUGUUUGUCAUCUCCAGAGCUGCCAGCCUUUAAGGGGAAGCAAAUUGGAUGGCAUCACUGCUGUGCCCUGCAACAUUAGGCUUAGGUCACACUGCUCCAUCCUGGGGUAAUGUCCUUCCUGAUGCAUGCCCUUGCGCUAGAACUCAGCUCAGUGUGUGUCCUGGACACUCCCAGAGUGCGAGCAGUGGGUGUGGAUACAGAGGAGUGCAAAUGAUUCUUAGUCCCUUAUCUGCAUUUUAACUGCUCCAUCCCUUUAGCUGGAUAAGUUGGUGAGGUUUUUAUUUUGCUCAGUUUGGCUUUGUUAUGGGGCAGCAAAGGAGCCAGGCUUGCAUCUUUUUGCUGCUGCAUCAUCAGUGCCAUCGAGUGUCCGCUUGCUAAGCUGCUUCUGUGCAAUUUCUCUCAGAUGCAGAGCUCUGCUUUGCCACCCCAGGUGAGUUUUUUGGAAGACAUGUGGCGUGCCACUGGUGUGUCUUCUGAGAAGCAACUGUGUGCCACUGUGCCCUGUGCCAAUAAAAGCUGAGUUAGCA